UAUUAACUGAUGCCGACAAAUUUUGUAUUUCAUCAGAAUGGUAGUAAAAACCUGUCAAGCGGAUGAUGCGCUGGAGAAACAGUUCGAGGGCUGGCUGAAGCAGCAGGGCGGGCCAGAGGUUGGCGUUCUGGCCGGCAAGCACGCUGCGGGCGCCAAAGUAGUCCUUUAUGGCACGAUCAAGACGCCAAGCCAGGAAGGCUUGGACCCAAUCCUGGUCGACAGCGCGGCCGGCGGCGCCGCAGCGGCGGCGGCGGCGGGGGCCGGCAAGGGCGGCAAGAAGCCGGCGCGCGCCGCCGCCGCCGCAGCCGGCUCCGUAGUCGUGACGCUGGAGUCAGAGUGGAUUGUGGAGCACGCGCGACAGGUGUCCCGCAUGCUGCCCGGAGGCCUGUCGGUGUUGGGCCUGUACCUGUUCGCCUCAGAGCCGGCCGCCGCCGCCGCCAGCCCACAGCUGGCGUCCGCCCUGGGCACCAUGGGAGCCUUCUGCCUUCCCGCCGCCCUCAGCAGUAGCAGCAGCAGCAGUAGCAGCAGUAGCAGCACUGCCGCCGACGCGGCACCCACGGAGCUGUUGCUGCUUCACGUGGACUCGGGCUCUCGGAAGCAGUUGCUUCGCUGCAUCCCGGCGGCGCCGGGCGCCGCAGGCGCCGGCGCGCCGUCGGGCUUCCACCCCUGUGAGCUCAAGUACGCACCCGCGCUGGGCAGCUUGGUGUGCGUGCGCUGCUGGCACGGCAUUGACGUGCGGUUGACGGUUGUUGGCGGCGGCGCUGCCUCCGCCGCCGCGGCGGACGGGAAGGGCAAGGGUACGGCGGCGGCGGCGGGCAUGCGCCAGCAGUUGGCGGCGCUGCUGGCGGCGGAGGCGGAGCGGGUGCGCGGCGGCGUGUUCGUCACAGGCGACGGCAGCGGCGCGACGCCAGGUUCUAUACCUGCCGAGUCGGCGGCGGUGGGUGACGCACUGGCGGCUUGCGCCGCCGCCCCCGGCCGCGGCGUUGAGGCCAUUCCCACCUACGACCUGACCCUGCUGGCGCCUCUGCCAGCGGCGCUGCCGCCGCCACCAGCCCCGGCGGCGGCGGCGUCUGGAGGGGAGGAGGCGGCUCAGCUGCCGGCGGCGGCUGUGGCACAGGUGGUUGGCGGCGUGUACGGCCAGACGCGGCUUCGCGGCUGCCUGCAGGGGGUGGCGUUCGUGAGCAAGCGCGACAGCGUGGGGCGAGCGCUGGCCGAACUCAAGGCGGACCUGCUGGCCAGCCUGGCCGCACGAGUGGAGCUGCUGGUGGAGGAGGCGCUGCGCAGCCAGGAGGCGGAGGCGGAGGCGGAGGCAGAAGGGCAAGGGGCAGGGGCAGGAGGGGGCGGGGCGGCGGCGGCGCGGCACCCGCUGCUGUGCAGCGCGGCGGAGCUGGCUAGGGAGGGCGGCUGUGACGUGGCGCUGCCACGGCGUGUGCUGCUGCCCUGGCUGGGCGGCGGCCUGGCCCUGUGCGACUACCUGCUGGAGGGCGAGCCGGCGGAGGCGGCGGCGGACAGGGGCGCGGAGCUGCUGGCGCUGCAGGGCGCGCGGGUGCUGGAGUCGGAGCAGCCCGCGGCGGCGGCGGCGCCCGCCGGGCCCUGGCACCCGACAGCGGUGCCGGGGUCACGUGUGGCUGGCGGCAGCGACAGUAGCAAGGCCGCCGUGGCGGCGGGCAAGGCCGGCAGUAGCAGCCGCACGGGCGGCGGCGGCGGCGGCGGCAGUAGCACCUCCACGCUGUCAUGCAGUGCGGCGGCGCUGCUCAGUGUGGCUGUAGCGGCACUGGCGGGCGCAGUGGGGCUGAUGAGUAUGUCUGGGCAGGCGGCGGGCGGCGGGCAGUGAUGAGCAGGAGGGGGGGCGGGCGUGAAUGAGGGGGGUGCAGAGCAUUGUGUUUUACUAGCUGUGGAGCGGGAGGGCAUGCGCAGCCGUCGGGUAGCUGCCUCUCAGAGCAAAUGCUGACCUGUGCCGACUACCUGUCGAGGAGUGAGAGAGCGGUGUGAAAGUGUUGGGGAAGCAUGGUGCUUUCCCUGUGGGUGCGAUGCAUCAUAUGGUGUGAGUUUGGUGCGAACAAACACGGACAGGGGUGUUCCUCGGGGGCGUCGGCCCCCGCCCUGAAUCGCUGAGCUACGGGGGCUCAGCCCAAAAAGCAAGUGUAUUUUUGGAGCUGGCUGUGGAGCGGCCCGCUUGUGGGCAUGUCGGCAUGUAAAUGGUGUGGAGC